AUGCCAGUAUCCUUGAUCGCCGACGUCCGCAGCUCGGACGACAUCGGCGAAGAGGAAGUUCUUCUCCAUCGCGGACUCCAGCUCGAUCUCACAUACGCUACCUCUGCCGUUGCCUUGCCCUUCUAUGCAAGCGAACUCGUUGCCCAUGACCGGAUCACGAUCGGUAUGACCGACAACUACGUCACCGUGUACCGCGGCGAGUUGAGGUCGACAUCCGACUCGGAGCCUGAAGACAGUGUCAAGGUCGUCGUCAAACUUGCGUCGGACUCGAAAUCGUACAACGCUCUCAUACGCGAGGGGAAACUGUACGCCGGGCCGUUGCGUGAUAUGGCUGAUAGAGUCGUGCCCACUUGUUAUGGCAUGUUCGAGGUGCUCAAUCGCGAUCCGGAGGACGAGGAGUCUGCUUUUGGUUGCUUGAUCCUUAAGGACUAUGGAGAACAUGUGGGGUUGUUUUUCAGCAUGGAUGAAGUCUUUCGGAUACGCCUCUUCAACGCCGUCAACGAGCUUCAUAAGGACAAGCACGUUGUACACGGCCAGCUCGAACCUUGCAACGUCAUGCAGAAGGACGGGUGGCCCAUUCUCAUCGACUUCAGUCGCGCAAGACAAAAUCACGUGUGUAAGAUCAACCGUGAGAGCAUCCAUGAGUUCGGCAAAGACGCAGCGCCCGAAUACGACGACUUCCCCUGCAAAGAGAUGUACGAGCUCGCGAAGAAGUUGCGUGCAUGGAGACCAUCGGCCUUCGAAUGCUACGGCCUGUAUUUCGACCUAACAUACCUUGACAGAGCUGAAGACAUCGCCUUUGAGGCACCAGCCCACUAUACCCCCACCGAUGCGCUGAUCGAUGCGCAUGACGCCAUCGCCCAGUACUAUGCUGAGUGGAUGCCGAAUAGCGAGCUGAGGCGGGAACAUCAAGCUUUGGUGAAGGGCAAGCUGGGAUCCUUAUGUGAGGCUUGGGAGAAGAGGGUCGCAGAGCUGAAGAUAAUCAAACGGAGACAGCUUGCCCGCAAGGCCGCUGAAGAUGCAGCCGAGUAA